CGAAAUGAACUGUCUCCCAAUUCAUCUUUCGGUUCUGACAAGCAUACGCAGAAGGCCAUUUAAUUGAACGGUGACCAAGACAUGCCACAAAUGAAAUCGUUGCAAAUUUUGCCUGACUUUCUGGACCAAGCGGCUCACGACGAGAUGGACCAAGAAGUCUGGAAACUUCUGCAAAGACGUUUUAGAGCCAAAGAUAAUGCUGAUGUGGUUGAGCAGCUAUCCAGUGUAAAUGCGGACGAUCUGCUUGAUAAGCAAGAAAUCUUUGGCGCCGUGCUGUAUGCCAUCCUCCUUCCUCUGAGCUACCGCGGCAGCAAAAUUCAAAAGAAGUAUAUGAAGCUGUCAUCUUGCGAAGAUGUAUUCUCGGGACCUCGUGCCGACAAAGUUCUGCAGCUGAUGAAAAUUUGUGCUAAGAAAGGCACUUUUGAGAGCAUCCGCAACUUCAGCCUAUUCAGAAGAGUCAUUAGUACUGAGGAAAUCAUCUCAGAGAUGUCUCAACCGACGAUAUCGGCAUGGUCACGAAACUUCUAUGGUACCGCUCAUCAGACACUGUACAGCAGCAUCGAGAGGAUGAACUCUUCUCGCGUCCCGGAGCAAUUGUACUCCAACUAUAUUUCUAUUGUCCAAAGCUCUGGUACCGGAAAAUCACGCACGGUCGACGAAAUGGCUCGCUUGGUGUUCACAUUUCCCUUCAAUCUUCGUGCGGAAGGCUACCCAGGUUAUGCAUAUCCCGCUGCAGAUUCCGCAAUCCGUGACUUUCUGCUAGAACAGGGUUCCGAGAGGAACUAUGAUUCUAUAGUAGCUGCUUAUCUAGUCUUCUUCCAGCACAUGUUCAUAUUGACUGCGCAAAGGCUGCCUACUGUUGGGAACUCUAUCGAAGACCAGACGGUGCGAAGUCGAAGUAAUGCACAUGAACUAGCCGAAGAAUGGAGGACGCACCUUGCAAAAGGUGAUACGAGAAAGAUAUUCUAUUCGCAAAUGGUAUCUGCUCUCAGACGUUUGCCAUCAGUGAUGGAAUUGAAACAGAACGAAGGUGUCAUCAAGCUCAAUUCAUACAUUCAGUCUGCGGUCGAUGCGGGUCACACACUGUUGGCUACCAUUGACUCCCUUGUGAAUGAUAAGCCUGCCGACUCUAUACGUCUGGUCAUGUACUUCGACGAUGCCCAUUCACUGACGCAGCACAGCAUUAGUGGAAUAGCCCCUAGUCCCAUUCAUUAUCACGCUCUAUGCAAGGCUAUCGACCAACUAGCCGCCCUCCCUCUUUUCGUUGUGAUGCUGUCAUCGACAUUACAACUUCGCGGACCAUCUCCUCCGAAUAUGUUCUAUCCCUCAACGCGAGGUGGAAAUCAGGGUGAUCCCCAAUCACCGAUCACCGAAAUGCCCUUUGACCUUCUCUACAACAACGAGCCUUUGGUUCCUCCAGAAGGAGUAACGCUGAUGGAGGCUUGCGAACUAACAUUUAUCUGCCGAUUCGGUCGUCCACUUUGGAGAGCGUUGUUCAUGUCUGGAGAUCGUGCUGUCCGAGUUACCAUGGUGGAAACAGCGUUAUCAAAACUCACUGGAUACCACCCCAAUGGGACUUACAACCACGCCCAUCUUGCGGCUUUGAGCACUCGAUUGCUUCUGGAAUUUGAGCCUGCUCGCGAGCUAUCCCGCACAGUGGAGGCGGAACUAGUUGACAACAAUCUUCGGAUUGCCUAUAGCGUUCCAAAGCGUCGUGGAUAUCCCCGAUCAGGGUAUCCAUCAGAACCGAUCCUUGCCGAGGCUGCUGCACGCUUGUUAAAUCGGAGCGAAUUCUCGGUUCCUGCUAACUUGGCACCAUACGUCCGGAGCGGAUUAAUCAAGAAAGGCAAAAAAGGCGAACUUGUUAUGCGCUUGCUGCUGCUCGAAGCGUUUGACAAGGCAACAAGGAAGAAGUUUGGAAAUAGCGAGGACCCAGAGCACCUGACGUUCGACCAUCCCAUCCUAGUCAUCGACUUCCUACAAGCGCUCUUCGGUGAGAAGAAUAUGAAAGCAGUCUUGGACAAGGACGCACAGAACCGUGCGAACUGGAGAACGUUCAGGCAUGCGUUCGGAAAUGCAUACGUUCACUUCACACAUUUCGGAAAGUCGGAAGACGAGUCCGUCUCGAAUCAAUUUGGCGCUUGGGCGGCCGUGAUGCGUGGAAUGGCUAUGCAGUGCUUCACAGAUCAAAAUGUCAUCGACUGCAUCGUACCGGUAGUUUUCGGCCUUGACAAGAAGAUAACGCCAGGUAGAAUGAGCGCGAUCCUCGUCCAAGUGAAGAACAGAGUACCUCCCGGGAACCUAGCUCUGGACGAAAAGAGCCUAGAUGACGGUCAUGGUUUCUUUCGGCGAGACAGUACCAAAACAUUGACCGACAAUCGCCCUUACAUCACGAUUGUGAUGCAAUUUGGCGCGGGGACCGCUGCAUCCGAGAGGGCACUGCCUACAGCAGAGGUCCAUCAACUGAACACAUCUUUUUAUCCUGUGGAGUCGACGGUCAGUUGCAGUACUUACAAAGAGGCUGAGGCGCGAUUGGCGACUUUAUACGAUCCUGACGAGGACUUGCUACCCCUGGAAGGACAACAAGAAGAGGAGACGGAUCUCCCUCACCCACGAUACGAGAUCGUCGCCGGUGACUGUAAUCCCACAACGUUCGAAGCUAUGCUCGAUCAUAGAGGCAAUCAGCAAAUCACGACGAAUUUGUAUGCGUACUUGUUGGGCAGCAGUGAUGUCUACGACGAGCAUCCGAGACAGGAAGAGGAAAAUCUCGCAGCUCUGCGCAACUUGAAACCGGGUUGGAGCGUCGGAGAUGACUACUACGACUGGACAGGUAAUGAGUUCCUGUGUGAAGGAGCACCCGGACGAAGGAGACAAGUAAAGUCAAAUGGCUCGGAGGGCGCAAUCCGGGCACCAACCGCCAGCGCAACAUCCGAAGACGUUGCUAUGGGUAGUUAA